AUGGAUCUGACUACUGCAGACAGGCGGAGAAGGCGUCGGCGCGUUGCAGAUGUGGAUCGAAAGAGGGCACCUCGAGCGUAUGCAGCCAGCCAUUCCAUUAAUGCCGGAGUGGAAACUGACGAUUUAAACAGGUGUACACUGUCUCCAAAUACCUCGCCAACUUUCUCGGAUCGCGGAGUUGUCGAAAACGCUGAACUACCAUCGCCAGCUUCUGUUCUAUCGCAUGGUCUAUCAAAGCAUGUCAUUGUGGAUCAAUCAAAACGAGUAUUAUGGCCAAACAUUCUAUCCCGGCUUCGGGAAGCAUUUUCCCUUGACCCCCAACAUGCCCCGGAAGAACGGGAGAUGGUUGCGAUGCAAGCUCGCAUGAUACGGCCCAAGGGACUGCAUCCUUCUGAACUAUCCAGAUUGCACGCGGCGAUCGAUGCCUUUCCUCCUCGCCCAAUUGCCAAUUUCCUGGUUUUUAUAUUCAUUAAGCACGCGACCGAUGUUUUUUUCUACUUUGAUCAAGCGCAGAUGCUCUCCGACAUUGAUGAAUUCUACACGGACUCCAGCUCAUCGUUGAGGCUUGAUCCAGCUUUUAUCUGUCUCGCCAUGGCGACAUUCGCGCUUGGAAGCCAGUGGACACCCUUGGAGCGGCCUGAAGGAUUCGAGUCUGGCCAACCAAAAGACGAUGUAGAUUUGGGACGUGAAUUUUUCUUUUACGCGAAGUCCCUCGUACCUGAUAUUAUCGAACGCUCAUGCCUGAGAUCCAUUCAGGCCCCAUUCGUCCUCGGUGUUUAUCUCAUGCCAGCAAGUGCAAUUGGAGCAUCCUAUGUAUUUUUAGGCCUGUCAUUACGGAAGGCUUUAGCAUCCGAUCUGCAUCUUAGUUCAGAAGAUGCGUCCUUGAACGAGAUAGAAAAGGAAGUGCGGUGCCGUCUCUGGUGGUCGAUCUUUUCGCUCGAACGAUGUACCACCGUGAAAUUGAAUCGACCUCGCUCCAUUGAUACCCAAAUAAUCACAGUGCCAUAUCCCUCUCAAUGCAUAGCCCUUGAUCGAGUCCAGGAAUUCGACAAUCUUGAUUGUCAGGUGGCAUACGUUCGACUUAUAAGAGUACUCGACGAGAUCGCCGGUGUUGCAAGAGUGGCGGUGCUGACAAGACAAAGAGGUGGAUUGCCCGAAACACCAGGCCUAUCGCAGUCAAAAUGGGAGGAUGAUCUAAAGUUAUGGAAGCAAUCUCUUCCCCAGAUUUAA